UUUACCGUUCGGGAAAUACACACUGUGAGGACUUGACACAUAAGCUGUGGAGGAGAAUUUAAAAAAAAACUCCAUUUGGAACAUUGGCUUACACGUCAGUAUGCAGUAUAUUUAAUCUAAACACUCCGGAGCUACGAGCAUUGGGUUUUCUUUUCAGGACAGUGGAUAUCAAAGGUAACGACCAUCAACAUGAACUCCGUACUAUCUUCUGUUCGAUCCCUUAUGCAAACGUUUGAUGGCAAAAUCAAGGAAUUCAUCAGUGACAUUGACAAUGUCGACAUGGUUUGGCUUGAGGAGAUCCAACAAGAAGCUAAUAGGAUGUUCUCUCGAGAUUUUAAUACUGAACCAGAAUUAAUGCCAAAAACACCAUCACAGAAGAAGAAAAGUCGUAGGAAGCGUGUGUCUUUAGGGCGUCAAGAAGAGAGUCAGGCCAGGCGAAGGUUUUCCAAGGGGAAGCGCAGUAAUCUACGUCGCUCUUCUGUCAGUUCACUAAAUUUCAUUGCUGAAGAACAGGCUAUUCCUGAAGCCUCCACUUCUGAAGUCAACAUCACCACACAGCCUAAACGCACCACCCGCAAAAACAAGCAGACAAAACCCGAGGUGCCAGAAGAAGUGAGCCAGUCACCCCCUAGCAGCUCCAAAACUGAGGAGAUAGAGACCAACAAGCCAGAGCUGGUCAAAGAUGCAGAGACAGACAAAAAUAACACACCAAACACUGCAGAAGUGGAGCAGGACAACUCAUGCAGACCUUCUCCACCUAAAAUACCCUUACCAGAGCUUGUUGUCAGCAUCUCUGCAGAAGAACGCCUGUCUGCUGAGAUCGCUAAAACAACAAAACCUUCUCCUGGACGAACUGCUGCGAAGAUUGCCAUAGCUGGCACGGCUCGAAGCUCACGUCGGAGCUCUGUACGGUGCUCCCUGAAGCUGCGUCACUCCCUGGCUGGUCUGCGGCACAGCAUGACUCAGGAGUCUGUUCGCCGCGCCUCACGCCGUUCCAUGAUGAAGAAGAAGGCAGCUCGAAUGGGGACCUCUACAUGCAGUAGUAACACUGAUGGGGACUCUUGCAUGGAAGAGGAAAGAGAGGCGGUGACAGAAGCUGCAACUGCAGACAUGGAGGAUGAUGAGACACCUGAGAAAUCUCCUGAGACCCAGAUUAAACCACAAGAGCAACCGUCCAUUAAACGUGUAACUCGAUCUGUGGCUGCAAACUCUCCAAAAAUGGCGCCUCCAUCAUUGUAUACUGCAGAGCUUACAGUGAGCACACCCACCAGAAAAACAGCCAACACUGAGAAGGAACAGCUUUCUAAGCCAGGCCGUAGAUCACGCCAAAGUACCAAACGCAAAUCACCAGACACUGUUGAAGAAAGUCCCACAAAGAGGUUUUCUCCUCCCAAAAAAAGUCAAAGUGCAAUCAGACCCAACAUGAAGUCUUUCCUUCACACUGUACAGAAGAAUCAGAUGCUGAUGAUGACUCCAAAUUCACUUGGCCGGUCCGGUGUCAUCAAAUCCUUCAUCAAACACACCACUCCUCUAAAGACAGAUUUCAAGUUGAGUGUCGGUACAGUGACAAAAGAGCGUCACAAGCUGGAAGUCCUCAAGAAAAAGCAGGAGCAAGAGGAGGAAAGAAUGAGGAAAAUGGAGGAGGAGAAGAAGAAGAAACAGGAAGAACUUAAAAGAAAGAGGGAUGAAAGGUUAAGAAGAGUGAUUGAGGCUAAAGUGAAGGAGGAGCAGAAAGAGGAGGAAAAGAAAAAGAAGAUUGAGCAAAAAAUGGCCAAGAUUGAUGAGAAAAAUGAUAUGCGUCUGGCAGAGGAGAAGGCCAAGAAGAAGGUGGCCAUGAAACGUCAGGAGGAGCUGGAACAGAAGAAGAAAUUGGAAGAGGAGGCAAGAAAGAAGAAGCUUCAGCAGGAGGAAGAAAAGCGGCAGCAGGAGUUACUUGCCAAGAAGAAGGCAGAGGAGGAACAGCAAGCUCGUAAGCUGGCUGAAGCUCGUAAAGCUCUGGAGCUGAAGAGAGAGCAAGAGAGGGAGAGAGAGAUGGAGAGAGAGCGGCAAGCUGCUGCUGAAAGGGAACGAUUGGAGAAAGAAAAAGCCCUUGCGUUGCAGCGGGAACUGGAGAGAGCAGCUAGAGAGAAAGAGAGGAGAGAACUAGAGGAGAAGAGAAAGGCACUGGAGGAAAAAAGGAAACUGGAAGAGCAGCAGAGAAAAGAAGCAGAAGAGAAGGCUGCUAAAGAGAGAGAGGCUGCCAGGCUGAAAGAAGCUGCUGCUAAACAGGCUGCUGAGGCAAAGGCCACCCUAAAUGUCACUGUGGACAUCGAGCGCUCUGUUAUGACCACACCUGUAGGAAAAGGUGGUGGCUUAAAUGUGACCGUGGAUAUUGAGCAAUCACCACAAUCAUAUGCCAUCACUCCAAAGGGGGGAAACAAACCUUUGAUUUCGUCCAAAAGUGCAGAUGACUAUGGAAUGGACCAAAACAGCGACGACUCUACUGAUGAUGAGUCUGCUCCUAGAAAACCUAUUCCAUCCUGGGCUGAAGGUCAAAACCUGCAGCAGAUAAUUAUGAAGCAGUACUUCAACCCUCCUGACUUGGACUCUUUUUUUGGAGCCAUCGAAGCACCAAAACUGGAAAACAUCUUUUACAAGAGCAAGCCUCGGUAUUUUAAACGUACCAGCUCUGCUGUGUGGCACUCACCUCCUGUUGGAACUAAAUAACAUCUGUACACUGCUACAGAGUACAUUUCUGUAAAAAUUUCUAUGUUUAGUUUUUAAGUCUGUUUUUGAAUAAAGCGACCACUUUCUUUUUUCUCAUGUUUUAACUUUUUUUUUUUAUAGGUAUUUUAGAAUUUUCAUUAGAAUGUGAAAUGUCGUGGGUUUAAAGUGAUACAUGGGUGGAGAAGUCAGUGCUUCAUUCUUGUACUUGUACUUGAAGAUGGGUGUGAAAUCUAUGCUGUAUGAUAACCUAAAACGUAUCAUGUAUAUACUGACUGUAUAUGAUAGA